ACAACUCAGCUGAAGGUAAGGAGAGACUCCGGGUCCACCGCCAGAUUCUAGGGGCAGGUCUCCAGGCUGCCGCCCGCAAGCCUACCAAUCUGGCCAAGGUCUAUGAUGUAAGACAGGGUAAGGAUGAGAGUCCAGCAGCCUUCUUAAAGAGAGUCAUAAAGGCUUUUAGGCAGUGCACCCCUAUGAACCCAGAAACCCCGGAAACAAAGGCCACAAUUAUCAUGCCACUCUGGACAUUAAAAAGAAAUUGCAAAGAGUAGAGAGACUGGGAGAGAAGAGCUUGCAGGACUUAGUGAUAGUAGCAGAACGAGUCUAUAAUAAUAGAGACAGUCCGGAAGAACAACAAACCAAACUAAGUGACCGGCAGACCCGAAAUCUGGCCAAGAUCUUGCUGGCCACAACCAUGGACGACCCACAGGAAAGAUGGAGGCACCUCAAGAAGCUGGCUUCAGGGACAGCCUGCCUUUAGCACCCAGGAGCCAAGACCUCUUCGCCUUUGAAUGGACGGACCCUGAGAAAGGCAUCAAUGGCCAGCUCACCUGGACUCGACCACCACAAGGAUUCAGAAAUUCACCGACCAUCUUCGAUGAGGCCUUACACGAAGACUUGGGUGAGUUCCGUUCAUUUAAUUUAUUACAAUAUGUAGAUGAUAUCCUGUGGACGGCGGAGGACCAGGCCACAUGCCUGCGAGGCACCAGGGACUUGCUCCAGACCAUAGUGGCCCUAGGAUACCGGGCCUCAGCUAAAAAAGCCCAGAUGUGCAGAGCAGAGGUGAGCUACCUUGGGUACAAAUUAAAGGAUGGACAGAGAUGGUUGAUGGAUGCGCGGAAGGAAACCGUCUUAAGGAUCCCACAGCCGCAAACCGUCCGCCAGGUGCACGGAGUCAGAGCUGAUCUCCAGGACCAGCCACUGCCCAACGCGGACGCCACCUGGUACACGGACGGCAGCAGUUUUGUCCGAGAAGGAGUCAGAUCCGCGGGGGCAGCCGCGACCUCGGAGACGGAGACCGUCUGGGCAGAGCCACGCAGCGGAGCGUCGGCUCAACGGGCAGAACCCGCACUGGCCAAGGCGCUGACCGUGGGGGAAGGUGAAGGAAUCAACGUCUACACCGACAGCGGGUCCGCCCUCGCCGCCGCAGUCCACGGGGCCCUUCACAGGGAGAGAGGGCUCCUGACCGCAGAGGGAGAGACUGCUCAAAACCCAGCGGAGAUCCUUGACCUCCUGAGGGCCCUCUGGCUGCCCAGGGCCCUGGCCAUCAUGCACUGUCCGCGGCACCAGAGAGAGACACGCCAGGAGCGGGAACCGGCUAGCGGACUCAGAAGAUGCGGACUUAGGCUGGAUCAACGCUUGCCGGUGACCCAGGGCUUGCGUGGCUGGGGGAGGGCCGCAGACCCCAGCAUCAUCCUGCCGGAGGAACUGGGACGGCGAGGCCUAUCCAGGAUGCAUCGGAGCAUCCAUGGGACAAGGAAGAUGGAAGACCUCACACGACAUGCAAAGAUCACUAUUAAAGACACUCGAGCAGAGAUGGAGCAGACUGUGGCGAGCUGCCACGCAUGCCGGUUAACUAAUGCCACCGCCCAUGGAUCUAACCCGGGCACCCGGCUCCGAGGGGACCGCCCAGGACCCUACGGGGAAGUGGACUUCACUGAGGUAAGACCUGGAAAAUACGGAUACAGGUAUUUACUAGUGUUUGUAGAUACUCUUUCAGGAUGGACGGAGGCAUUUCCCACCAAACGUGAAACGGCACAGACCGUGACCAAGAAACUGCUGGAAGACAUGUUACUGAGGUAUGGUUUUCCUGUUAAGAUUGGGUCAGACCACGGCCCAGGAUUCUUCUCUAAGGUAACACGGGGAGUGGCACUAGUGCUUGGGGCAGAUUGGAAAUUACAUGGUGCAUAUAGGCCCCAGAGCUCAGGACAGGUAGAGAGGAGGAACAGAACAUUAAAGGAGACCUUAACUAAAUUAGCCCUGGAGACUGGGGACUGGGUGACUCUCCUCCCCUUCGCCCUAUAUAGGGUGAGGAACUCCCCAUAUAAGAUGGGACUGACUCCCUACGAGAUCAUGUUCUGUCUUCCUCCACCUGUUAUCCCCAUUUUAAAACUUGAGGUGCUUGCUGAAUUUGAUGGUCACCAACUUCUUUUCUCCCUCCAAAUGUUACAACGAACCCAUGAGCAGGUGUGGCCUAAGCUGAGGGCCCUCUAUGAGACGGGGCCACCCCCGGAUCCCCAUCAAUACCGGCCAGGUGUGAGAUACCAACACCGGACACUUCAACCUCGCUGGAAGGGACCCUACCUCUUGAUCCUGACCACUCCCACUGCUCUCAAGGUGGACGGGAUUACUCCCUGGGUCCACUACACCCACGUCCGGCCAGCUGACCCACAUGCCGUU